AUGUUGAACACAAUUGCGAGCUCCUUCAAGAAGUUUCGAAAAAUUAAAGUGUCUGACAGGGAAAUUUUGGAUAGAUUAAAUGUCCCAAUUGCCCUUAUUUCUAUGGUUGUUCCUCAGCUAGUGAGUUGGAAGAAGCCUGGGAGUGGUACAAUGAAAUUGAAUGUUGACGGGGGAUCAAAUGGGAAUCCAGGUGCUGCAGGGGGAGGUGGACCGAUUCGGGAUAGCAGAGGUAGAUUGAUUGCUGGUUUCGCUCACUUCUAUGGCGUGGCAACCAACACCUUAGCCGAGUCUCGUGCUCUUAGGGACGAAUUGGCUAUGUGCAAGGAACGGGGAUGGGUGGAUUUUGUGGUGGAAUCAUAUUCUAUGCUGAUGGUAAAAUGGGCACAGGAUGGCGAUGCACUCUAUGUCCCUGCUCAAAUCCUCAACAAGAAAUGGCUCGAAUGCAUCUUUCAGCGGGGAAUGUUCCCUAGUCUGAUCACUGUUAGGAACAAAGCAGUUGAAGCCAAGCAAGAAGUCGGGCCUGGAGAAGAUCGUCAGUCCCUGCUCAAAUCCUCAACAAGAAAUUGCCCGAAUGCAUAUUUCAGCAGGGAAUGUUCUCCAGUCUGGUCACUGUUAGGAACAAAGCAGUUGAAGCCAAGCAAGAAGUCGGGCCUGGAGAAGAUCGUCAGGUUUUCUGCCUCAGAGUUGUUGUAUUGCAUUGGGACAGGCUCGACUGCUUCAAAGUGUCGACACAUUCAAGGGAAGGAGGAAGUGGAGAAGAGGGUGAGCCCCAAUUACGUCUUUGAGUUUGGAGUGAAGGGAGCUCUAGCUUCAUCACCCAACCAGGCUCAGAGAUAG